UGACUCUAUUUAUUUAAUCAAUUCUCUCUCCUCAAUUCAUUACUUUCUCUCUCUUCCUGCCUCCAUUGAAGGAACCUUCACUCCCUCCCUCCUUUCUCUCUCCUCCCUCUCAACUUCAACUCCGCCAUUGUUAUACCUUCCAUUUUCUCUCUCCUCUCUCUCAACUUCGCUUCUGAUUCUGCAGCAGAUUUUUUUUAUAUACUUCUAUAUUUUAAUUAUUAAAACCCUAAUUAGUGAGAAUCAUAUUAAUAAAUGGUGAUAUACUGAGGUUACAGUGUUUGUAUGAUUGAAUUAAGUUGGCAAAGAUAAUAUUGUGUGAUUGUGUGAGAUUAUAGUUGCUGUGACGAACUUGAAUUCACGGUUUCGAUUCGAUUUGAGUUGGGAGGGUUGAGAAGAGAUGUUUACUAAGGAUUUCAUGACAUAAGGCGUUGGUUUUUGGUUAAUGAUGUAUUGGUGUUUGGAAUUUUAGAUCGAGAAAUAUAUUUUCAUCCGGAUUUUUGGUUGAAUCUUCUUUGGGAAUUGGAGUUUAAUCAAAGAUUCAGUUGGAAGUCCCAAGGAGAUGAUCGGUAACUGUGUUGACUUCAGCAAAUGUGAGUUUGUUGAGUUGGAACAGAUCUUUGUGGCUGUUCUAGGUUUUACUGGAAGUGAUAAUUGCAGUGUUUAGUUGAUUAUUUUUUUCCGGUUUCAAAGUUCUAGAGAGAUUAUAGUCUGUGAAAUGGAGGCUGGAAGUUCACAUGUAAAUGUAAAGGGUACGGCGGGAAGUGUUUCGAGUGGGCUUUUUCCAAUUCUGGCUCCGGUUCUUCUCAUCUCCAUGGGAUAUAUUGACCCUGGCAAGUGGACUUCCUGUAUCGACAGUGGUGCUCGGUUCGGGGUUGAUCUCAUGUGGUUUGCGUUCGCCUUUAAUCUUGUGGGAGUUUUAUGUCACUAUUUAUCUGCUCAUAUUACUGUGGUUAGUGGGAGAAACCUUGCCCAGAUUUGCAGCGAAGAAUAUGAUAAGCUCACUUGUUUUUUUCUGGGAAUUCAAGCAGAGUUGUCUGCCAUUACUUUGGAUCUUAGUAUGAUGAUUGGCAUUGCACAUGGACUCAACAUGAUUUUUGGCUUGGAUUUAUUCACUUGUAUCCUAUUGACUGCACUGAAUGUUGUGCUAUAUCCACUUUUUUCCACCCUGCUGGAAAGCUCUAAAGUGAAGUUCUUGGUAGUAUGCGUAGCAGGAAUAACAUUUGCCAGCUAUGUGCUUGGGAUGCUACUCAAUCUUCCAGAGUUUCCAGCUCCUUCAAAUAGUUUGCAAUCGAAGUUGAGUGGUGAGAGUGCGUUUUCUUUGAUGAGUCUACUUGGAGCAAGUGUCAUGCCUCACAAUUUUUACCUUCAUUCUUCCAUCAUCCAGAGGUAUCAAGGGCCAGCCUGUGUUCUAAAGGGUUUGAGGUCUCAGGAUAACAUUAUAAUUAGCCUCACUCUUUCCAGCGGCAUAUUCAUGGUGAAUUAUGUGUUGAUGAAUUCAGCAGCUAAUGUAUUUUACAGCAAUGGCCUUGGUUUGCUUAACUUUCAAGAUGCAAUGUCUCUACUAGAUCAGGCAUACAGGAACCCUCUAGUACCCUUUGCCUCAUUUGUAAUUUUGUUUUUGGCCAACCAAAUUAUGGCUUUAAGCUGGGAGUUUUGUGGAGAAAGUGGAGAAACGAUGUUGUACAACUUUUUCAACAUGGAUCUUCCCGAGUGGCUUCAUCGCGCUACAAUUAGAAUUUUUGCUGUUGUGCCUGUACUCUUUUGUCUAUGGCAUUCUGGUGUUGAAGGAAUGUAUCAUAUGCUAAUAUGCACGCAGGUCAUGGUGGCGCUUCUGCUCCCGCCUUCUAUGAUACCUCUUUUCCGGAUUGCCUCGUCUAGACCUAUUAUGGGUCUGAACAAGGUUUCACCUAUUCUGGAGUUUAUAGUCCUUCUGACAUUCAUAGGAAUGCUUGGUUUAGAGCUUAUAUUUGUUGUGGAGAUGAUAUUUGGGGAGAGUGAUUGGGUUGGUAACUUGCGUUGGAGUAUGGGGAAUUCUGCUACAUCUAUCGCUUAUGUUUUGCUCCUUUCUACUGCUUGCAUCUCACUUAGCUUCAUGCUUUGGCUGGCAGCCACCCCUCUUAAAUGUGCAACUGAUCGAUUGGAAUCUCCGCCUUGGAACUGGGAUGCUCAGCAAGAUUUACCCGAAUCAUAUACAGAGAGGGAGGAAAAUGCUGUUACUGAAACUAGAUUUCACGACGAGGAAUUUUUUAAUAAGUCGGAAUCAUUGCCGUUGAAGGAGAAGUCCCUGGGUAGUCAUCCGGAUAUGCCAACUCCUAAUUACGACAUUAAUUUACCUGAGACAAUUAUGGACACUGUUCAAGAGCCUCAUGCAACUUCUAUAGAAGAAAAUUCGGUAGAUGAUAUACCUGUUGGCUCACCUAAAAGCCAUCCGGACCCAGAGCAAUCAGCUGUCUCUGUUGAACCAGUGUCAGCCUCUAGUGUCGUAAGCAGGUCUGCCGAUGGUUCACUUUUGGCAUUUAGUCCUAUGAAAAAUGAACCAGCUGAUCCAGUUGAGAAAACCUUGAGAAUUGAGGGUGAUACAGCAAUUGAGAAGGAUGAUGAAGGGGAUACAUGGGAGACUGAGGAAUCAUCUAAAGAUGUUCUUGGUGUUGGUCCACCUACUACACCAGACGGGCCAGGAUCAUUUAGAAGUCUUAGUGGAAAAAAUGAUGAUGGUGGGCCAAGUGCUGGAAGUCUUUCAAGAUUGUCAGGGUUGGGCCGUGCAGCAAGACGUCAGUUGGCGCAAGCCCUUGAUGAAUUUUGGGGCCAGUUGUAUGAUUUCCAUGGCCAAAUCACACAAGAAGCAAAAUCCAAGAAAUUAGAUUUACUGUUUGGAGUGAACUCUAAGCCUCACCUAUUGCCAACUAGUGUAGAUCCUGCUGGGAAGGAGUAUGGAAUGAAGUUUCAAUCUUUGGGAGGCAGAGUAUCUGAUAAUCCAAUAAACAUGAAUUUAUAUGAUGCUCAAAAUCAAUUGAAGUUACAAAACAGUAUAGAGUCAGCAUAUAGAGCACAUAAAGCAUCUACUUCAUUAUGGUCCAAACAAAUGCAGUAUUUGGACAGCUAUGGGCAGAGUUCUAGUCGCAAUAUGCUUGAUGCUGGUGAAAGGCGUUAUCAGAGUUUGCACCUCCCUCCAUCUUCUGAUGGUUUUGAUUAUCAGGCUGCAACUGUUCAUGGUUAUCAAAUUGCAUCUUAUCUUAAUCGGAUGGCGAAGGAAAGAUCUGAUUAUGUGGUUGGUCCAUUAGAGACUACAGUUCAGAAAUCGCCAUCUUUGGUCCCCAACUACUAUAGAGAUUCCCUUGCUUAUGCUACAACAACAAACAAUAACAAUCGAAGCCUUAAUCCCAAUGAUGGAGUCCCCUACACCCUUGCUCAUGCUGUAGAGCAAAAAUUAGGAAUAAAUCCUAUACAGUCAUCUAGCAUUCAGAAUCUUGCUCUACAAAGAAAUAGUGUCUUGCAAUCUGAUAACCUUUUCUUUGAUCCUUCCUCUAAUGCACCUGCUGAAAGUAACAACAACAAGAAAUAUCACAGUUUGCCUGACAUCUCUGGUCUCUCUCUUCCUCGUCGGAACUUGUAUUCAUCUGAUAGGAGUUCUCGGUUUGACAGUCCUAAUACCUCUGUGGGUUUUGGAACAUCAGUUGGUCGGACUUCUUAUGAGCCAUCCUCACUUUCAAGUACAAGACCAAGGCCUGUGGCGCCCUUGGCAUUUGAUGAGCUUUCUCCGUCUAGGGCAUAUGGAGAUGCUAUGUCAUUGAGAUCAAAUUCAGGGGCUGAUGCAUGUUCUCUUUGGUCUAGGCAGCCUUUUGAACAGUUUGGUGUGGCUAAUAAGAUUAGCAAUCUUGGAGCACAGGCAGCUGGUAAUAGGUCAGCUGUGAUGAUGCAAGAGGCUCCUUCAACUGCAGAGACGGAGAGCAAAUUGUUGCAGUCGUUGAGGCAUUGCAUUUUGAAGCUCCUGAAAUUGGAAGGAUCCGAAUGGUUAUUUAGGUCUAAUGAUGGUGUAGACGAAGAUCUCAUUGACCGGGUGGCUUUGAGGGAAAGGUUCUUAUAUGAAGUUGAAUCUCGAGAUUAUAAACAAUCACCCCACAUAGGUGACCCUCAGUAUUCAUAUUCUGAGAGGAAGCCUGUUGCUACAAUUAGGGGUGAUGACACAGUUUCUGCAAAUAUGAUUUCUUCAGUCCCACAGUGUGGAGAGGGCUGUGUUUGGAAAGUAGAUCUUAUUGUAAGCUUUGGUGUGUGGUGCAUCCGUCGGAUCCUGGAGCUUUCACUAAUGGAAAGUCGGCCAGAACUUUGGGGAAAAUACACUUACGUCCUAAACCGUCUUCAGGGUGUUGUUGAUGUGGCUUUCUUCAAACCUCGGGCUCCAAUGUCCCCAUGCUUUUGCCUUCAAAUACCAGUUUCAUAUCAGAUGAGAUCAAGUCCACCUGUUUCAAAUGGUAUGUUACCUCCGGCAUCCAGACCAGUGAGCAGGGGAAAGGUUACAACUGCAGCAAUGCUUCUUGAAGUAAUAAAAGAUGUUGAGAUCGCAAUUUCAUGCCGGAAGGGUCGGUCAGGCACUGCAGCGGGAGAUGUCGCCUUCCCCAAAGGGAAAGAAAAUCUGGCUUCCGUCUUAAAACGUUACAAACGUCGCUUGACGAACAAACCAGUGGGAACAUUUGAUAGCACUCCUGGAUCGCGCAAGCUUUCAUGAAUUUUCAUCUUCAGCAUCAUACAAGGUAUUGAACACUGUUGCUGAUUUCUGAAUUGUUCAUUUUUGGAGGCAGUUGAUUAUUUUAAUUGUGGUGAUGGAGCUGUAAUUGGGGUCGCGUGGCUAUCUGGGUAAACACCCAUGUGUUUAUUGGAGUGCAAAACUGCAAAUCUUAUCUUUUGAAUCUGAAAUGUAUACACGGGGAUGGCUUGAUGGACUUGCAGGUUUUAUAAUUGGCCGAAUGAAAGAAAGAUGAAUAGAGGUAGAGAAAUCAUUGUCUGAUAAACGAUCAAUAGGCAGAUAAAUGCAUUUUAUUGCUGAAACUAACAAUGUGCAUUCUUUACAGUUUACACCAGUGCACCAUCAUCUGCCAUCUGGAUAGAGCCACUGUAGAGUUGUAGAUCAUUUAUACUUGAUAGUAUUACUGCUUUCUCUCCAAGCUUUACAGUUUUGCUGUCUUGAUUCAUUGUUAAAUUUAGUUUCAUAUGCUGUUGAAUGAAACUUAAAUCACCAAUCAACCAAUUACCCUUGAUCAUAGCUCAAUAUCCCAUGUGUUUGAAUAUUAUUAAAUGUGAUUAUUAUUUUCAA